CAUUCGUAAGCAAAGAAAGUUCCAGCAACUUCGUACGAAACUGUCUGUUUUCUCAUCGGCACAGCCAGGUGAUUCUGCGCGGAGGAAAUUUCCCCAACAAAAACAACAAACGAAGAGCGGCGAUAUGCACGGCAUGAUGGAAAUGCGCGCCGCUGUUUGCAGGAAAAACAAAGGUCGCACAAAUCAUUCAGACCUAGCAGGGAGCUAGCGCAGAGCGAACAUGUCCACCGAAGUCUCCACGAAGACUCUGAACAUACUCAUCGGCUGCACGGGUAGCGUUGCAUCCGUCAAGAUACCCGUGCUGGUCCAACAACUGCUGCACCAGAGGUUCCAGGGGUACGUCGCCGUAGACCUGAAGGUAGUAGCCACCACCCGAGCGCUUCACUUCUUCGAUCGUUUAAUGAUUCCACGUUCGGUACCGCUGCUCGUCGACGAAGACGAGUGGACCACUUGGCGGAAGAUGUCCGACCCGGUGCUUCACAUAGAGCUCAGGCGCUGGGCCGACGUGAUGGUGAUCGCCCCGCUGGACGCCAACACCAUGGGCAAGAUUGUGAACGGAUUGUGCGACAAUCUGCUCACCUGCGUCGUCAGGGCCUGGGACAUGCAGAAGCCUCUGCUCUUUUGUCCGGCCAUGAAUACUCACAUGUGGUGCCACCCGAUUACGCUGAAGCACGUCACGGCCCUGAAGGACCUCGGCUUCACCGAGGUGCCGUGCAUCGAGAAGAGGCUCGCUUGCGGGGACCGCGGCUACGGAGCCAUGGCCGAGGUGCCCACGAUAGUGAGCUACGUCGUCGCAGCCGCACUGGAGAAGGCACAGAAGUAAUUAUCGCCCGCCCCCAACUACUCGAGAACAGCUGCAGCCGCGACACUUCCUUUUUUUUUUUUUCCCCUUGAACCCAAAUAUGUUAAGUUUGAAUGACUGCCAUUGUUACUUUGUUUGGAAGUGCAGGCACCAAACUGUUAUCGUAUUGAACACAGCACUCAAGCACGUAUUUCUCAAAUUGUGAUAUUGCAGGCAGUGUGGCUACGAAGUGACACUGCGGGUUAUUGCUUUUUUCACCUGCGUGAUGCACAUGUGCAGUGAAAAUAAACAGCUUGCACACCAUU